AUGGGAGAAGGAUGGCCCUUCUUAGAGGAUCGCCCUCCCAACCGAACGAACUUGACGGCUCAGGCUGGCCUGAGACCCCUCAACUUCUCCGCUGACUUGGAUCCUGGCAGCUUGAAAACGGAGGAGUUGUCCCAGCAGUGGGUGGUGGGCAUGAGCCUCCUGAUGUCUUUGAUGGUGACCUUCAUUGUGGUGGGUAACGGUCUGGUGAUAGCGGCCAUUGGGAGGACACAACGGCUGCAAACCCUCACCAACGUCUUCAUCACCUCCCUGGCUUGUGCUGACUUGGUGAUGGGAUCCGUGGUGGUGUCCUUUGGUGCCACCCUAGUAGUGCGAGGCUCUUGGCUCUGGGGCUCCUUCCUAUGUGAAUGCUGGAUUUCGGUGGACGUCUUGUGUGUGACAGCAAGCAUAGAGACCUUGUGCGUCAUUGCAAUUGACCGUUAUUUGGCCAUUACUUCGCCCUUCCGCUACCAGAGCCUCAUGACCAAGAGACGUGCCAAGAUCACCGUCUGUGUUGUCUGGGCCAUUUCUGCCUUGGUGUCCUUUUUGCCCAUCAUGAUGCAUUGGUGGAGAGAUAAAGAACCUGAGGCUCGGCAUUGCUACGACACCCCCAGCUGCUGUGACUUUGUCACCAACAGGGCAUAUGCUAUUGCAUCCUCUGUCAUCUCUUUCUACAUCCCUCUUUUUGUUAUGAUUUUUGUCUAUAUUAGAGUCUACAGAGAAGCCAAGGAGCAGAUGAAGAAGAUUGAUAGGUGUGAGGGCAGGUUCUACAAUAGUCACCAGCAGCACCAGCCUCCAGUCCACCAGCACCUGCCUAUCUUGGGUAAUGGUCAAACUAAUAGAAGAAAAACAUCCCGGAUUCUAGCUGUAAGGGAACAAAAAGCUCUUAAAACUUUGGGCAUCAUCAUGGGAGUUUUUACUCUUUGUUGGCUACCGUUUUUCCUGGUCAAUAUAGUCAAAGUCUUUAAUAGAGGUCUUGUACCAGACCAGCUCUUUGUAUUCUUCAACUGGUUGGGCUACGCCAACUCUGCCUUCAAUCCCAUCAUUUACUGCAGGAGUCCUGAUUUUCGUAAGGCCUUCAAAAGGAUGUUGUGCUGUCCUAGAAAAGCAGACCGGAGGUUGCAUGCCAGCACUGGAGAGUUCUCUCAUUACCCUGGAGGUUUCAUCAGUACCCUGGGAACUACAGCUCCAUGCACUCUUGGAGGGACGUGGUCUGAUUACAAUGGUGGUAUGCAGGAUGGAAGUGACUCCAGCUUGGAGGAAGGGAACACUAAAAUCUCCUAUUCAGAGUCCAAGGGUAAAACACAGGAGUUAUGCUAGCAAAACAAUCAGCAUUCUUGUCACUAUUAAAGUGAAAAUGGGGAAAAGUGUGGCCCUUCAGAUGUUGCACAAUCCAGCCACACAACCAUUGCUGAGAGAGAGGGGAGGCGACAAGGGAUAACAACACCAGCUUCUACCCACCAACCCAUCAAUUUGAAAUGUUCAAAGGUUAAC